CUCUCUCUCUCUCUCUGUAAUUUAACACUCAUUGACUUUGUUAGAGAAAGAUGAGCGCACCGGGCUCUUCUAGAUCCAUUCCGUUCAAAUCGAAGAAACGUCUCUUCGAUUCGCCACGCUCGAAAUCCCAAACCGGAAACCCCGAUUCACCUUCUUCUGUACCUUUCCCCACGCCGGAGAAGCCGCCGGAGAGUAUCCUCACAAGACCCAGAAACCGAUCUUAUGAUCUAUCCGAGAAAAAAGUUCCCCAGGCCGCUGGAUCUGAAGAUCCGAUUGGUAAGGUUUCAUCCGCCAGGAGUCAGCUCGUGUUCUCGUCGCCUUCCUCAUCCAAACGAGUAUCCAAUGUUAACAAGAUCGCCGAGGGUGAGAAGCUACCGGAGAAGUACGAAAAUCUGGGAAAGUUCUUCGAUGCGCUAGACAGUUCGAUCGUGUUAUCGAAAUUACGAGGCUCUAAGCCGACUUUCUCCAACAUUUCCGGGAAAAUCGAGCAUUUGACGGAAAGGAGGUUUUGCUACAGUCACUUGGCUCAAAUCAAACAUUUAUUGCCAGAGGCAAUCGAGAUUAAGAGAGUUUUGAUACAUGAUGAAUCAACUCGCUGCAUGAAACCAGACCUUCAUGUUACACUCAACGCCUAUGCAGUUGAGGACCAUGACAAAAGCAAGAAGAUCUCACUACGCAAAGUGUUCAGGACAAGACUUGCAGACUUUUUUAAAGCUCAUCCUCAGGGUGAUGAAGUUCCCGAGGAAUCGCUUCCAGAGCUUUUCAGUAGAAGGAAACUAAAUGAGAACUCAAAGGAUGAGGUUAAGAGUUUUAGUUCAGUCAUGGAAGAGAUGGCUUCUAUUCCAGCAGCUAAAUUGAUCUCAGCUUUCAUGGAAGUUCCAUCAACCUCAGUCAAAGCAGCUCCAAGUCCUGCUAACAUUGCACCAACUGCAAGUCCUGCUAGACCAGCUUUGUCUAAGAUUAACUUGGCUCCAACCCCAGUGAAAGCUGUGUCAACUCCUGCUAGUGUACCUUCAACGCCUGCUAAAAUUGACCCAGCACCAGCUUUUGUCGCUUCAACCCCACCUGAGUUUGCUUCAACUCCUGCCCGUCUGUUCAGUACAUCCCUUGAAGCUCGUCUGCAGAAAAGAAGUAGCGAUGAUACAAAUCUAGAUGAUAUCAAUACUGACCAACCAUUUAAGCUCGCGAGGCGUUCCUCACUAAGCUCAUCAAGGUCGUUGAACUUCGAUUCUUAUACAGAGCAUGAGAAAGAUGUUGAUGAAGACAUUGAUCGAGUACUGGUGUCCAGCGACGAUGAAAUACUCAGUAUACUUCCUGAUAAGCUUCGAGAGGAGAUUAAAGAACAAGAGAGGAAAGCUAUUGAGGAUUCUAAUCCAGCGAUCUCAGAGGCAAAGAGAAGGCGAAAGAUGAUAGCUUGUCUACCUAAACUUUUCAACGUUAUCCAUUACUUGAUCCAGUCGUUAAGGCGGUGGGUUAUCACAAAAGAAGAGCUUGUGCACAAGAUAAUCGCCGGUCAUUCUGAUAUCGCCGACAGAAGAGAAGUUGAAGAGCAGCUUGUGUUAAUGCAAGAGCUAGUCCCGGAAUGGAUCUCUGAGAAAAGAUCAUCAAGUGGAGAUCUACUUGUAUGCAUAAACAAAGUGGCAUCUCCUCAAACUAUCCGGUCGAGUCUAGAAGAAGAAAACAAGAAAGCGAUGGCUACGCCACUUUCUUAAAAGUGCGGUGUCAUCGGCUGCUGAACAUGCGUCACUUUAUACGUGAUAAAGGCUGAACAUUCAUGAGAAAGGCGUGUAGAGAUAGAUUGCUAGGUAGAUUAUCAAAAUUUUAGUGUGGAAAUGUAAUUAAUUAGUAAUAAAUCACUUUUAUUUUC